AUGUUACAUCGAUGCUCAGGAAUAUCCAGACGAAUAAAAAUAUCAAAAUUCAAUAACGCUAUUCAAGCAAGAAGUUUAUUUGGUAUAAGUGAUCUUUUAGCUGCAAUUGGUAAUCCGAAAGAAACAUUAACUCAAAUAACUGAAGCGAAGAAUGAACUAGAAAAGGUCAAAAAUGAGUUAAUUGAAACGAAUGAGAAAGUACGUUUGCCCCCAGUCAGAACAUUCGUUAAACAACCGAAUUACUUUGAGAGAUCCGAGGAGAACAGAAUAAGAACUAUACUUAAUUCGGAUGCUACAUUUACCGUAAUCUUUGGUGCUGCUUCAACUGGAAAGACGUCUCUAAUACGUAAUGUAUUGACUGAUGUCAACAGUUAUAUAGUUCUUCCAAUCGAUUUAAGAAUCUCCACUUUUUCUGAUCCCCCUACUUUCUACAUAUCUCUAUCAACCCAUUUAGAAGCAUUUUUUAAUGACAUUAGCGAAAAUGUUGAUGGUUUCGAGGAGUUAGGUCAUCGUCUGAGUUUGGGGUUCAAACAUGCACGAAUAGAUAUCGAAAAGAGGGGUCAGACACCUUCUUCUACUGAUAUUAGUAGACUUUUCGAACUUUUACAGAAUGCUUUGCUUAACUAUUGGAAUCACGAUCCUAGUCUCUCUGAAGCGGAAAGACGCGAAUUGAAUGAGAAAUCUACACUACCAGAACCUAAAGAACGUGUAACAACAGGUAAUCUCAACAAAUUGAAUAGAAAAAUACCUGUUUUAUUGAUAGAUGAGGCGCAUCGCUUACCGCAAUUGCUCGAUGAGAAACAUUCUGAUACCCUAAAGAUAAUAUUGGAUGGUCUUACAGUUCUUACUAAGCAAGAAAGGUUGCUACAUACAAUAUUCUGCACAUCAGAUUCUAUGUUCAUGCAUACACUAAUGAGUUACAAUGUGCUUCCACAUACGCAGGUGUUUCAUUUGACAGAUCCAUCUAUAGAAUCAAUCAAGGCAUAUUUAAAGGAUCACAUACUUCUACAAGUAAAGCAAUCACACCUUCAUCCCCAUAUAUUGGACAAUUUUGACAACCUUUAUGGAGUCCUAGGUGGAAAGUUUAUUCAUUGGAAAGAUUAUUUGCUUGGUGAUUGGUUGCAUGACGGUUUAAGUAUAUCACAAUCAAAGGUUGCAACUCAUGCCAAGAUAACUGUUGAAUCGCACCUUUAUCCACCGUCUGGAUUGAGUGCACCACCAAAUACACUUGCUUUACUACAAAAAAUCGCUGAUUUAACAGACAAUAGUCCAUUGGACAUUUUUACAGCGAGAAGGGACUAUGGACAAGAAACAGUUGACGCUCUUCUCAAUAAUAAAAUACUAGAAAUGGAAGAUCAAACAUAA